AGCUGUGACAUCUUGUCCACAACAGACUCAGAACUGUGGACAACAGUAAAAGAAAACCCUCUGAACUACAGAACUUCCUGCCCAACAAACAGACGUUUACAUUAGAACUAUCAGCAGCCACAACACAUGUCAUCAUGGCAGUUCAUUUCUUCAAGAAUGUGAAAUUUUCUUCAGUAUAUCAUAAGUAUAUGCUUCCAGCCUCCAAUGAAAUCGUUAAUAUGGUUUUAUCUUAUGUAAAAGAAAAAACAGAUGGGAGGCCUCUUGCAAUGGCGCUGGAUGUUGGUUGUGGGACUGGACGGUAUACUUUGCCUCUAGCUCCUCACUUCAAGAAGGUUGUUGGGAUAGAUAUCAGUGAAUCCCAAAUAAAUGUGGCUAAACAAAAUACUUCUUUGGAUAAUGUGUCGUACAUGGUGGCUGCAGCUGAGAAGUUACCCAUGGAGAAUAAUUCUGUGGACCUGGUGAAUGCCGCUCUUGCUGCUCAUUGGUUCACAGCAGAAACAUUUACCAGUGAGGCAGCUCGAGUAUUGAAGACAGAAGGAUGCCUGGCUGUUCACGCUUUUUAUCCGUACACUGUAAUUGAAUACAAGGAUUUGUCACAUGAGUUAAAUGUAGUAAUGUCAGAGGUGUGGGAUACUUUAUUUCAGCAUAAAGUUCAAAGUCUAGAGCACAUGUUUUCUCAAUACCAUAAUAUAUAUGAGGCUAUUCUGCUAAAAGACAAAGAAUGGAUUAGAGAUAUACCAGUGAAAAUUCAGAUGUCCAUUCCUGAACUUAUUGGAUUUAUCCAGUCAGUUGUUUUGUAUCAGGUAUUCGUGGCUAAAGAUUCGAAAAGAGCAGAACAACUUCUUAUACAAGCGGAAAAAAGAUUGCAAAAAAUCCUUGGAGAAAAUGCUGAUUCUGUCCAGCUCACUGUGAAUUUGAAAUACUACUGUGUCUUUGCCUGCAAACACUAAGAUUGAGACUUCUUUUUUCUCAUGUUCUUUUUUUUAAGAUGGGAACACCUUCCCAUGUUUUAGAAAAAUGUUAUACCUACAUAUUAGGUGUAGGACAAGGGAUAGGCAGGAUAGGCAACAAGUAGCCAUAUUUGUUCUUCCUUCUGAGAUUCUAUUGACUGUUGAGCACCGUUAUUCCCUUUCUGCGCAUACACACUUGUUCACAGCAAUAACAUAUGGUAGCAACUUUUAUGUUUCUACAUUUCAAUAUUUCAUCAGCUAAUGCCACUUGCUUAUAUAUAUGAUUAUAUUAAAUCUCUUAGCUACCCUUUCGUAAAGAGUGAUGUGACAGUUUAAAGGGGUACUCCAGUGGAAAACUUUUUUUUUUAUCAACUGGUGCCAGAAAGUUAAACAGAUUUGUAAACAGAUUUGUAAACAGAUUUGUAAACAGAUUUGUAUACAGAUUUGUAUACAGAUAUGUGUAGCUCAACCACAAAAAAGAGUGAGGUUAACUAAAAGCUCUCCCCCACAGAGAGAUGUAAAAAAGUAAUAAGAAUAGGAUAUUAGUCCUCAGCUCAAUAUCAAAAAGAUUAAAUGGUUGAUGUCU